CCGGAAUGGAUGCCCCUGCGCGAUUGACGUCGCCGACGGCAGGACGAGGACUCAAGCGCCGCGACAGCAUUGGCGACAGAAUCGAACGAAGCAUUGCCGAACAUAUCAUGGAGGAGACUGCCGAUGCCGCAGAUGUUGCUCGCGAGGAAGCCCUUGAUGAUGAAGAGAAGCUAAGCAUCUCAACGAAGUUGCAAGCGACUGGUGCUCUCAAAGCGGACGUGAAUGAAAAGCUUCAACUCGCCAGGGCGCCCAGUCAUCCGAUUGUCCAUGUCUUGCUUAUCAUUGCUAGCCUUUACAAUCAUGAUUGUAUCUCGAUGGAAGCACGAAGCGUGCUGAAAGACCAGGCCAUCGAUGAAGUGCGCAGGUCGAAUGGAAUAUUGUCGGCUGCAGUGGAGCUCUUGUGCCAGGACGGUGAUGUGGAUGAAUGUGUGGACACGUUUGUGCAAGUGGGUCACAUGCUGCUAGCGAAGGCUCUUUGACCCGUCUCGGUAUCAAGUCACAGAGCGCAUGCAGAGAGUGUUAAUUUCUCACAGGCGAUAGAUGCGCCUCGAACUCUCUGCACCGCGUUAAGCAUACCAAAUCAUGCCAGUUGAUCAUACCUACGUCCACCGACAUUGUGCAUUGUCGAUGCUUGAGGAGCUGGAAACAACACCUGUGUCAGAUCACAGCUUUAUAAAAGCGUCAUUCCAAAAUAUUCCGCAAGAAUUUGUUUUACCAACGUGAUGUUAACAAAGUGAAUGCAUCCCA